CAUCGUGUCAACAGUGUGUGGUGUGUGUUGUACACUGACCUAGGUUUCCUCGAUCAUACCCCGCGUGCGGUGACGGCGUUGGGCACCGGGCUCGUGCACACCAUGAGCGGGAUGAGGACCGUCCUGACCUCGGUCGGGGUGCUCGGGUUUGUCGGUGUGGGCUUUGGCAUGUGGGCUAUAAUUUCACCUGGGGAGGACAGGAACAGGGAAUUAUUAAAGAAUCUGCCAGAGGCCAACCCUGCCCGAAUGGAGGAGAACAGAAAGAGAAAUGCCCUCAUGCUUCAGGUUUUAAAGGACGCUGCGGAGACGAAUGACAACAUCGCACGUGGAAAUAGUGGCCAGAAAUGAAGGUGUUGGCACAGUCGUCGGACUUUGCCCGGAAGUGACUUCUUUAAAAAAUAACUGAUCUGCAAAUGCUCCAUGUGCUGACCAUCACUGCCACUGCCACGAAUUGCACGUUAAAGAGUUGCUUUGGAUUUGUUCUCCUUGCUGGGAAAUGAUAAUUGUAACUUAGCUGUGUUUUGGAACAUGUUCCAAAAAAAAAAAAAGGCAUGGCCUGCUAGUUGCUGGUCCAAAAUGGACCACAUUGUUUAUACAUUUAUGUAAAUAUUUAUGGAGAUUGUAUCUCAAAUAAAACUUUAAACGUG